AGAAAGGUUAAUCGGAUUUUCCCCCUUUAGGUGAUUGCAGAGUCUGGAGGUGAUAAGGAUGCUGGGCGGUAGUCACCAUGCUGGUGUUGGAUGACCUGUGUCAGAUGACAUGCGGCACCCCGAGUCAUCCAAAUUAGAGAGAUGAAAACUCAGCUUCUGUUCCAACUUAGCCCGCUGGUGGCGUGGGACGUAAGCCUAGUCUCUUCAAUCCAACGAUCGAUACUUGGUCCACAGUUGAUCGUGUUGACGUCUGUCUUUUCUGAGAUUGACUGUGGUCAGGUUCUAUGGUUGUAUUUUAAUUUUGUCAGAUUAUUUACUUCAGGUUUGUGGCGCAUACUGCGAGUUAUGCACACAAAUUGUGGAGAUGAAGACAUAGCUUUUGUUGCAGCACGGCGACUUACAAGACAUGGGUCGUAAUGGAACAGAGGCUAUGUUUAUACAAUGCAGCCAUCGAUGCUCGAUCUAUGUUUAGGAUGGACUCAACGGUUGAUGUUGGCCAUGUUGGCGUCUGUCCGUCCGUCCGUUUAGGG